AUGGGGUCAUCGUUUCAAGGUGCGAACAUGACAGCAAAGGGGGUUUACAGAAGGCUUCUGAAAGCGGUGAGGAAACAUGUCGGAAAAGACGAACACAAAGCCCAUUUCACAGAUUUCGUCAAGCAAGAAUUCAGAAGGAAUAUUGACUCUGAAAACCCGACUAAUCUCAAGCUCGCUCAUGAUUACACUUUCUAUCUUAACAGCGUCCACCAUCACAAGGAGCUGCUUUUCUCUUACAAUAUUGCGGUGGAUAGGUCUGACGAAAUGAAAAAAGUGCUCGGAAAAUCUGCUGCUAGUGUGGGCCUCCAGCUUCCUGAUGUCUAUCAGCCCUGA